AUGUCUAACAAACCGAUUUUCUUGGCCACACACCCGAGAGCCUGCUCGACUGCCUUCGAGCGGGUGUUUAUGACGCGCCGUGAUAUUCUUCGCUGCGUCCACGAGCCAUUUGGGGAUGCCUUCUACUUUGGCCCCGAGCGUCUGAGUGCGCGGUACGAGCAGGACGAGGAGGCCAGGAGUACCAGUGGCUUCGCCAAUACUACAUACGACGACGUGCUAGCGAACUUGUUGAGUUUGGCUCGGAACGACAGCAAGCGCCUCUUCAUCAAAGACAUCGCCCACUACCUCCUCCCGCCCGACCGCAAGCCCGCCCACCUCGCCCCGUCUCUCGCCGCCGACAAGCCCAAGACGGCCAACGGCACCAACGGCACAACCCCCAACGGCAGCAAUAGCAGCAGCAGCAGCAGCACCUCGGCGGCGGCCAACCCAACCGUCGUCCCGCUACCUCUGCUCCGCGAAUUCCACUUCACCUUCCUCAUCCGCCACCCGCGCCGCGCCAUCCCCUCCUACUACCGCUGCACCAUCCCACCCCUCUCCGCCAAGACGGGCUUCCACAGCUUCAUGUCCAACGAGGCCGGCUACGACGAGCUGCGCCGCCUGUUCGACUACCUGCUGCAGGAGGGGAUCAUCACCCGCCAAUCCCAGGACCACCAAUCAUCCAACGGUACCAACGGCACCAACGGCACCGCCAGCAGUGGCGUCAAGGUGACGGUGGUGGACGCGGACGACCUGCUGGACAAGCCGGCCGAGGUGGUGCGGGCCUUCUGCGCCGACGUGGGGAUGGACUACCACGACGGCAUGCUCAAGUGGGAGGACGAGGAGGGCCAGGAGCUGGCGGUGGCGGCGUUUGAGAAGUGGAACGGGUUCCACGACGAUGCGAUUGGGAGCACCGAGUUGAGGGCGAGGGUGCAGCCGAAGAAAACGCCGACCGAGGCCGAAGAGAAUGAGGAGUGGCGGAAGAAGUUUGGCGAGGAAGCGCAGCGGGUCAUUCGGGAGUGUGUUGAUGCCAAUGUGGCUGAUUAUGAAUACCUUAAGUCGUUCGCCAUCAGGGUGUAG